CAGGGAAGGACGACGAGAGAGACGAACAACAAGACUGCGUUUUAUAGUGCCAUGACUAACGAUAGUCGAUUCCUAACUGCUUUUGGCGAGAGCACUAAUAGUAGAUUUAUGUCUACAAGUGCCGCCAUGGAUAGGAGCUUGGCUUCCGCUUCGCCACAAGCAUCGUUCACCGGUGCUUCGUCGAGCAACACAUCAGCCGAAAACAACUAUUAUUUGCAAAGUAAGUCUCUUUCGAAGAGUAGCAAGAAAUCUCUUUCAGCAGCGACGAGUUCGUCUACUAGGGCUACUACAACCGGAGCACAUGGUGCUUCAUCUAGCGUAGUUGCACACUGUAGCGGAGGAACAACUGGCGAGUGCGAAUUGUUGAAUCAGCAGAUGUCACAGCUGUGUGAAAAACGACGUGCUCUGCUAUCGCAGAAAAGCAUGACGUCUUCUAUGAGGGGCCUGCCACAACCACCACGACAACCAGAGGGAGAGGCAGCAUCUCCAAGCCAGAUUCUGCCUACUGACAUAGAAUCACAAUCAGGGAGGUUCUUUAGUUCUGCCAAGCAAACCAGAUCUUCAGUACAAGGACACACCUCCUCCGGACAUGAUAAAGAGGACCAGGAGCUAGAUGCAGGAUCACUGCAGGCCUUAGAGGCGGAACUAGAGAAACUCAAAAAGAGACGAGAAGCAGUUCUGAAACAGCGUUCGCGAAAUUCGCACGCUCUGACGGACUACGUCUCUCUAAUCCAGGCUCGCUGGCUCAUUUUCUGUAUCAUCGGAGUUUUGCUUUUUUUGAUCCUGCUGUUUCUCUACGAGUGCCGGUCUUUAACGCAGCACGUGGCCUUGUUGAAAGAAGGACCAGUCGAGUUUUACGCUUACUAUUCUAGUAGUGGAAGUACGGCUAGAAGUGUUACUGCAGCUGGAUCGUCUCCUUCGAGCACGACUACAAUGUUGUUGAAGCAAGUAAAAUCUGGGUGGCGUCGGUGGCUUCCAAUGAUGCUCUACGUGUAUGGCCCAGUGAUUUUGCACGCCUGUUCGCUUGCAAUUCUCAUCUUCACAGUGCUGUUUAUUCUGCCGCCAAUCUUGACCGGUUUUAUCAUGGUCUUUCGCACAGGCGAGGAACCGGAUGAAGAAGCGCUAGCACUCUACAUCAGCCAAAACGAAGAGCGCGCGGCCCAAGAGUUCCCGAUAAUCCAGACGGCAGCAAGUGUGUACACCUUGACGUUGUCUUUGGUCGCGUUUGGGGAAGAAAGUCGCAGACAUUUAGAACGAUCCUACACGAACGCAGUACCAGCUUGGGAAAAGCGUCAAUUACAUAGAGCGUGGCGCGAGUUUAGUAUGCCGAAGUCGUUGUAUAUGCAGUCGAAACAAAUGGAGUCGUUGGGGCAUGCGGGACAUGGACAUCAUGCAAUCGUUCAUGGACAUGGAGGACAUCAUGGACACGGACAUGGUCACGACGACCCCCUCAACGAAUUCGGGUCCCACUCCCUCGUAAAACAGUUUCGCGCGUUUGCGAGGAUCAAGGACGCUCUUUUGGUGAGGUAUCCUCGCGUUUUCAAUGCGCAGGAUGAUUCUUCUAGUUCGUCCUCGACAGAUGAGUUUGAGGAUGAUGUUGACAGUCCUGGUCAUAUCGGUGCUGGAGGUCGGGUUACCUCCGCUGCACUAUGGGGAAACUCCUACUACAGGGGAAACGACGACCAACACGAACAUCACCAUGACCAUCGUGUCUUGCCGGUGGAGGCAUUGCCGCUUUUGCUGAGACACCUGCGCUUGCCAGAUGAGGAAGUGCUCUUGCUUUGUGCAGUGGGUGUGUCCUUGAUCUGCCACGACCCAGAGCGUGUCCGCCUACACGAAAUCCACACUCUACUUGCUCUUUCUCGGAGGUUCGCCUUCCAAGAGAACACCUUUGACGAGGAAACCUUCACGGCAAUGCUCUGCGACAUCCUGAAUAACCCUCUCAGAGAUGCGUUCGUGGAACUCUAUGACGAUUCAGAAGAUGAUGAGUAUGACGAGCAUUACGACCAACAGAUGCAUGAGCACAUGAUGGCUGGAUCGAAACAUGAUAGUAGUAGUACUGCAGCAGUCGUUGAUGCUGGAACGGGUUUUCCACAUCUUGGUGGAGCUCCACAACUUGCUGGAGUACAGCAAGAAGGUACAACAGAGUCCAUCUCUUCUCCUCAGUCCUCCUAUGGCGGUAACUCCUCUUCGGGCACAUCGGAUCGGACAUUAUCGUUUCCGAUAGGCUCCACGCCAGUGAGUAGUACUACAUCCGGCGCUCCUCCCUUGAAUAAGACGUCUUCAGCAGUAGAGUCUAGAGGCACACCAACAGCAAGUCAUCCGAAGCUAAGCCAUACCGGCGGAACAUCCUCGUCCGUGCGUGCAGGUGGAGGUAAGAAGCUACUCCGGAAAUGCACUUCUAGUAAUCUCAUGGGUCAGAAAACCCCAAGCUUGCGUUUUGUAGGUGGUCAGUUGCGAGAAGAGCGUGAGGGUGGCCCGGAACCGCUUGUUGAUCGGGCUAGAAGCUCCAGUCCUAGAAGAAGUAUCUCGAUAGCGCCAAGGAGGAGUCGGAGCAGUGUGUACAGAAGUACUAGCAAGAACAUGUUGACUGCGAGUAGGACAAGCAGAUCGCUAGCAAAUGUUUCGUUCUCAAGGGCUGCCUCUCAGACAUCAGCCUCACCGCACACGGGACCAUCAUCGCCUGGGUCCUCUGCUGGGGUAGGAUCAGCGUCACAGCCCUCAUCAGGAACGGCUAGUGCGCCAGGACUUCAACAUGUUGAGAGUCCUUCUUCUCAAAUCACAAUAUCACCUUCUUCUCCUGCACAUGCACCUCGCUUCGGUGCUGAUGUUGAUUACGAUGGCGACAAACCCCUAACUGCAGCUCGCAAG